CCUUCACCGCGGCCGCCAGGGGGAGCGCGCGGCCCGGGGGGGGGGUCACGUGGUGGCGGUUGCUAGGAGACGGCGGACGCGGCGGAUGGCGGCCCGCUACGGGGCGGGGCAGUACGAGGACGCCUUCAGCGCUCCCCGCCUGCAGAACUGGGAGGUGCCGCAGCCGGGCCGGCAGCGCCCCUCGCCGCGGGACGGCUCCACGCAGAUCCUGGCCGACGACCGCGGCCACCUGCUCCCCUCCGUGCCCCGCUCCCAGGCCUCGCCCUGGGGCACGUUUCUGGGGACGUGGGACAUGCCGCCGAGGAUUCCCCCCGCCAAGCUGAACCUCACGGCCCGCUCGGCCGCCGCCGCCUCCCGCCUCACCGGCUGGCUCCGCGCCUCCGCCGCCCUCACCGGCGCCUGCAACGGCCUCCGGGCCGAGGUCACCGGCAAGCCCCAAGAGCCUUGGCCGGACGCGGGCACCUCCGAGGAGCCUUCGAGGACCGGCCGGGGGCCCGGCGAGGAUCCCCAGGGUGCUCAGCCCUCUCCCAAAUCGCCGCUGGAGGAGCAGCCCGGCAGCGACUGCCCUAAGCCCGGCCUCGUGGACGUCCGCGCGGAGCGGGACGCGUCGCCGGAGCCACCGGCUUCGUGCCAGCCUCGCGGCGAGGACGAGCAGGGGGCAGGGAGCCCAGCCGGGGUCCUGAGCUCCCCGCAGCCCGGCCUGGGGGAUCUCGGGGGUGUCACCGCACCCCAAAUCCCGGCCUCAGCCACUGUGAGGGAGGCUGGGCCGCAGGGAAAGGGAUCGGCAUGGCCGCACCGGGGGCUUUGAGCUGUCUGGGCUCUCCUCGGCCCCUCUCCUGCAGCUCCCGCGAGCCCGUUCCCAGCAGAGAUCCAAAAAGCACCCGGGGGAGGGCAGGAGAGCGCUUCACAGAGCACCGAGCGAGGCCGGUGCCGAGCGGUUGUGUUUUGACAGCAAUUGGAAAAAUAGAGGUUUAAAAAAAAACACCAUAAAACUCCCGCUGUUUGGUUUCGGGGGCCGCGCCCUCCCCGUGCCGUGUCUCUGCUCAUCCCCCGGAUUGGCGUCUCGUUCCUUGGUGUUUCACCUGCAGCUCCCGGUGCUCAGCACCACAAACCCCGUUACCGUCGGGUUUCAUUCACUGCCCACCAGCAGGGAACGGGGGGCAGCGGGGACGGAUCCUGCGCCGCUGGCAGGAGGGAAAUAAAGCCUGCGAAGCGCGGCCCGGAGGCACAGCGAAGGCCGAACUUCGUUAGCAGCUGGCACGCCUGACAGAAUAGCUCAUUAGCAAGCAGAAGUGGCUUCCGAAUAAAAGCCGCUUCAGCAACUGCAGGAAGUAAUGGGUUUAAAGCUAAAUUACAGCCGUUUUCACCCAGAAAAUUGCUCCUGCUGGGGCACGGAGCUGUACUGAAAGGGAUUCGGCAGCGCGUCCCCUCCCUCUGCCGCGCUGACAGCAGAGAGGUUCCUCAUCUGGUGCUCGGGGCGAGGAUGCCUCCUGCUAAUUAAAGGUUGGUCGGCUCCGCCAGGCAGGCGAGAGGCCGAGCGGGAGGGAAGGGGCUGGAGGUAAACGCAGCAGCCCCGGCCGGUUCUUUAUCAGGGCAGCUCCCCCCCCGCAAGCCCGCGGAGAGCAGAUGUUCCCCGUAAAGCCGGCGUCUGGCCGGAUGCUGAGCACGGGAAGGAGGCCGAGACCCUCGCUGGGACGGAAAAGCGAGGCAGAGCUCCUCUCUGUGCUGGCCUCUUCGCAAAGCAAACCUUAAAACCGGGCAGACUGGAGCGAAAAGCUGCGCUCCGAGCGCGGGCGUCCCAAACAAACACGGCCCAGGUAGGAAAUUCCUUUCUGCUGGGCUGGCAGCGCUCCGCAAAGCAACCCCUCAGCCAAACUCCAAAGUUCAGGCGCUACACCUGGCUCUACAAACACAGCCAAGAGCUUGUUUUUCCAUCCCAGCUUCUCUGGGAAGCUGCAAGUCCCUUAGCCUCAGAGCAAGCCCCCCCCUUCUCGUCUGACUCCCCGGUUAAGAGCCGAGCCCAAACACGCGUGAGGGAUCGAGGCUGCUUUAUUGCAAAGGUGGGCGAUGAAGAAGCGCUGAGCCGACAGCCGCUGGCAACACGCGCCGGGAGAACCACGGCCCUCCCGGGCACGCCGCUGACGGAGCAACUUCCCAACGGGAAAACUGGACGUGGCAGGGGCUCCGGAGCCCCCAAAUCUGGCUGAAUUAGAACAAUUUCAACGGCGAGGAGUCGGGACUGAGCACCGCGGUGGCACGCGGGCGGCCCAAACGUCCCCUUCCCCGCGCGGGUGCUGGCGUUGGCAGCUGUGCCCGCUCUCCCUCCCCUGGCACAGGCUGCCCUCAAUGCGGACGGUUGUCCUGCGCCGAGCCUACACGCGUGCUGCCGGCCUCCCCGAGCCCACUCGGAGCCGCGGGGACACAGAUCCAGCAUUGUCCCAAGCUCGGGGACAGGGCAGAGAAAAGAAACGCCCUGGAGUUUGCUCGGGUUAAGUCCGGCAGCUCUCAGGAGUGCGACGCCGCAAGCA